AUGGUUGUGAACCGGCCUCCAAUGCAUCGGCCAACCGACGGCCGAUCGCAGCAACCGUUACUCAAAGACGAUCCUUCUCCACGGCUUGAUCGAUCAAGCUUCAGCCAUGACACAGAACAUCGACCCAUGUUGCACCAUACCCGUCGGCCGACCAUUCAAUCCCGAAAUUCCGAAUAUGACGCUGCGCAAGCAACCCGGAAGAAGUACAUAAUCGCAGCGGGGUUUCUACUGUUGAGUUUGGCGAGCUUCGUCGUUCAGACCGAGACAGCUGUAUACAUUCAGCAUGAACUACACUGGGAUAAACCGUAUUGUAUGCUGUACAUCACCCAUGGCUCCUGGUCAUUGCUGUGGCCCUUUCAACUCCUGAUUCUUCGAAUUCAAAAGCGAAAACUGUCCUGGGCAGCGUUCUGGCGCCGGCAUGUUUAUUUGGUCAAGACCACCGCUCAGAUGGUGCAAAGCCAAGACGUCCAUCUCACCUCGCGGGACUCUCACCGAUCACCCGUCCCGUAUAUGAUCAAAACGACCGCGUUUGUGACCACCGCUCUGACUGUCGCCGGUGGGUCGUGGUACUUGGCUGUGAACUUGACCACCGCUAGCGACUUGACGGCUAUUUACAACUGUUCCGCCUUUUUUGCGUAUGCGUUCUCCAUUCCGCUUCUCAAGGAUAAGCUACGCCUUGACAAAAUCCUCUCGGUGUGCGUGGCCAUCAUCGGUGUGCUCAUCGUUGCAUACGGUGAUCGACCCAGCAAGGUGGCCAAGGAUGGAUCGGCCAAGACCGGAGUUGAUGAAGAAGCUCAGAACCGGCUCCUGGGAAAUAUCAUCAUUGGUAUUGGCAGUGUGCUGUAUGGCCUUUAUGAGGUCUUGUACAAGCGCUUUGCCUGUCCGCCCGAGGGAACUAGUGCCGGGCGAGGGACCAUCUUUGCCAAUACCUUUGGUAGCAUGAUCGGUUGCUUCACUCUCUGUGUGUUGUGGAUUCCGAUCCCCAUCUUGCACAUGCUGGGAUGGGAGACCUUUCGGGUCCCCACGGGUGAAGCGGCGUGGAUGCUUUUGAUUUCUGUGCUUGCCAAUGCGACUUUUUCGGGAUCAUUCCUCGUCUUGAUCUCCCUGACAUCGCCGGUGCUCUCGUCCGUAGCAGCACUCUUGACGAUCUUCCUCGUCGCGAUUGUUGACUGGAUCCGCACAGGACAGGCUCUGUCCUUUUCAUCCAUUGUGGGUGGAGUAUUGAUCAUGGCCGCAUUCUUCCUGCUCAGCUGGAGUACCUAUCGGGAAAUGCAGGAGGAGCGCCGGAAACAACUGGAAAACGAUCAGGUGGAGUCUGAGAGCGACGAGUAG